AUGAAAGCUGCCGUCUUAUCAGUGCUUGUGGCGGCGGCCUCGGCGGAGACCGGCCUAGAUGGCUGGUUGCGAUAUGCGCCGUUGCCUUGUUCUCAGGACUGUCAGUCCAAGCUACCGUCGACUGUUUCCAUUCUCAAUUCAACCGCAAGCAGUCCCGUACGCACUGCUGGGGAGGAGCUACAAAACGGACUGAAAAGCAUAUAUGGUAAAAGUAUCCGGAUAGUACGCGGUGGAGGCAAUUCUUCGUCUAUCAUUGUUGGAACGCUGGAGCAGUACCAGAAUGCCUAUGGGUCACUAAAUGGUCUACCUGACCUCAUCCCUGAUGGCUUUUGGCUCAGUACAGAGGGCCACCAAGUCAAAAUAUUGGGUCAAAACGAAAGGGGUGCUCUGUAUGGAGCAUAUGAGUACUUAUCACUCCUUGCUCACGGCAACAUGUCCGAAGUGGCCUAUGCAAGCAAUCCGGCUGCUCCGAUUCGCUGGUAUGCUCGUCUCCUGUCAUCCAUCAAACUCAAUGCGAUAGUUGUCAACAAUGUCAACGCAAAUGCUACCCUUCUGACCUCGGAAAAUAUCAAGGGGCUAGGAAGAAUCGCGGAUGUCUUUCGACCACGCUCGGGGGGGCUCGAUACUUUCGACCCUCUGGAUCCAUCUGUCGAACGAUGGUGGUCCAAUAUGACCGACCAAGUAUACCAGCAUGUACCUGAUCUGGCUGGAUAUCUCAUCAAGGCGGACUCGGAGGGAGAGCCUGGCCCUCAGUCAUAUAAUCGAACGCUAGCACAGGGUGCCAAUGUGUUUGCCAGGGCAGUGCAGCCGUAUGGCGGCGUAGUCAUGUUUCGUGCUUUUGUUUACAACCAGCUCAAUGAAUCGAACUGGGAUGCAGAUAGAGCCAAGGCGGCUGUUAACUUUUUCAAGCCUUUGGACGGAAAGUUUGACGACAACGUUGUGGUGCAGAUUAAGUACGGGCCUAUUGAUUUCCAGGUACGCGAGCCGACGUCUCCACUGUUUGCAAAUCUUUUCAACACCAGCACUGCUAUUGAGCUGGAAGUGACCCAGGAGUAUCUGGGACAGCAGUCUCAUGUGGUUUAUCUCCCUCCUUUGUGGAAGACCGUCUUGGACUUUGACCUACGGAUUGAUCAUCAGCCGUCUGUUGUCAGCGACAUCAUCAGCGGCGACCGCUUCAACCGCCCUCUCGGUGGAUAUGCCGCCGUUGUCAAUGUUGGAACGAACAUGACAUGGCUCGGAAGCCAUCUGUCGAUGUCAAAUUUCUACGCCUAUGGUCGCUUAGCCUGGAAUCCGGCCGACGACCCGCAAGACAUACUUCAAGAUUGGGUCCGACUCACAUUCGGUAUGGAUCAAUCAGUACUUGAGACGGUCAUCAAGAUUUCCAUGGAAUCCUGGCCGGCCUACGAGAACUACAGCGGCAAUUUGGGGAUUCAGACUCUUACAGAUAUCCUUUAUACCCACUAUGGGCCCAAUCCAGCCUCCCAAGACAACAACGGUUGGGGCCAGUGGACCCGUGCCGACCAUCUCACUAUCGGCAUGGAUCGCACGGUCUCAAACGGCACAGGUUACACGAGCCAAUACCCUGAUGAGAUAGCAGCGAAAUAUGAAAAUGUUGAGACCACCCCAGACCAUCUUCUGUUAUGGUUCCACCACGUCAACUAUACGCACCGUCUACAUUCUGGGAAGACCGUGAUUCAACAUUUCUACGACGCACAUUAUGACGGAGCAGAAAGCGCUCAAGACUUUCUCGACCAAUGGAACUCGCUGAAGGGGAAAGUUGACAGCGAGCGAUUUUCGCACAUUCGGCGGCGACUUGAGUAUCAGGCAGGCCAUUCUAUUAUCUGGAGAGAUGCUAUCAAUGGUUUCUACUACAAUCUCUCGGGCAUUCCGGACGCAAGAAAACGUGUUGGCAACCAUCCCUGGCGGAUUGAAGCAGAGGAUAUGGACCUGGAUGGCUACAAAACCUAUGAUGUAAGUCCAUUUGAAACUGCGUCUGGGGCAGUCGCUAUUGUCACGGCUUCCAAUGAUACCGCGGGGGUGGCUACUACGACCCUUGACUUUGAGUCAGGAACCUACGACUUGGCUGUCAAUUAUUAUGAUCUGUAUGGGGGAAGAUCACAUUGGAAGGUAUCUUUGAAUGAUCAAAGCGUUGGCGAAUGGGUGGGCAACAAUGAAGACUAUUUGAGCCAUACACCUUCAGUUUAUCUUGAUGGUCACUCAGCCACACGUAUCAAGUUCCAAGACGUGGAGAUCAGAAAAGGCGACGUCUUGAAGGUCGUCGGGUCACCUAAUGGAGUCGAACCAGCACCGCUUGAUUACAUCUCUUUCCUUCCCCGCGGGGUUGUUGAUUAG